CGCUGCAUUACCAUAGGCUUGAUCCGACACAACUUAGAUUAUACGGUAACCGCCGAAAGACGAGGUGACUGCAUGCCACCCCCCAGUUGCGCACUUUACAAAAAUGCCGAGCACUCGCCAUUGGUUCUGCGGCAGGUGGCACCGCGGGCAGCCCACGUUUAGAUCUUACACACUCCACGCAUCAGCCCAGGCUUGUCAACCCUUGACUGUCGCAACAACCUUCGCAUUCGAGCGCUUCUGUCUGUAGAGCACCGCACAAACGAAAUUUGCUAUCAUAUGCGUUAAUGCUAAGACUUCAUUGUAACCAGCGAAGUGGAGUUUACAGCACUACAUCUUGGUACUUGAACCGAUCGCCGUCCAGUACUACACAAAAGCAGGCAUGGACAUGAGCGGCAUGGACAUGGGAAGCACGACCUCGAGCCACACUGGCAUGACCAUGACCUUCUUCACGGCAACAAAUACGCCUCUGUACUCGGAAGCAUGGACGCCUCAGAAUGCUGGACAGUAUGCUGGAACAUGCAUCUUCCUCAUCAUUCUGGCCAUUACACUCCGCGGCAUCUUCACAGCUAGGAGCUUCCUCGAGACGAAGGCAUUGGAAGCGGCGAUGAAGCGCCGCUACGUCGUUGUCGCAGGCGAGAAGACAAUUGCAGAGCAGGUGAAUGACGCGAGCUCGAUGACCGGUAUCUUGACUUCGAACGGCAUGGAAGAGAACGUACGGAUAGUGUCAGCGCCUGCGAAGCUUAUCCAGCCCUGGAGGUUCAGCGUCGACCUUCCGCGAGCUGGUCUGAUGAUGGUUGCGACGGGUGUUGGUUAUCUUCUUAUGCUGGCGGUCAUGACUUUCAACGUCGGUUACUUUUUGUCUAUUCUUGCAGGCACCUUCAUUGGAGAACUGGCUCUGGGUCGUUUCAGCCAUGCGAACAUGGCAAUGUAGAAGCUUUUGAGCAUCUGUGUAUUUGGACCGUUGUCUAGCAAUCUAAGGCAACCACAUACCACUUUAAUACAUUAAUCUGACCAAGAUAAAGAGCCUGGGGCUGGUGUUGAAGCUCAUGAUCUCUAAAUCGCGAUAUAUUCGCCGUGCACAAAGAACGAGUCCUUGUCCAGCAAUAUGUAGAUCUAUUGAAUCAGGGUAUCCCGC